GGCGCUCCUGACCUUGCCGUCGUGAACGAGCUGCUCGCGCACAAACCGAGAGGGCUAAUAUAUUAAUUUUAAUCAAGAAGACAAAAUAGAACAUGUGAAUUGAAAGCAAAAUAUUUGCAUGCGAUUUAAAAAAUAAUAAUAAUGAAAUGUGAUCAUCAAUGCAGUGCCAUGAAAACGAAAUGAUAUGGAGAAGAGCAAACCGGGGAUGAAGAGUAGGAGCCUCCGUUAGAGCAGCUCGGUUUCAGAACAGCAAUGAGAAUUGGAGCUGGAGAUGAGUGAAUACCUGGGCUUUGUUAAUUUGUUUUUAGUAACCAUUGGCGCCCAGGGCAGGUUGAGCGAUGCCUGGUUAAGUGGAAUACAGUAGGUCAUAGGGGUUGAGAGGACACUCGAGUGUACAUUGGCGUGGUGCAAGGGCACUCACUUGCCCAGACCAUGUGUUUGGCAGAGUUUACGCACCAUGUGUUGCCUGCACACCUAUCAAAUCGGCGAGGAACCGCAACCAUCGCCACCCGCCGUGGUCUUUUAAUGUGGAUGUUAUGUUCCUACUGGCCAUUUACAGUGGUGACCAGCCAGAACUUCAACCCGACUGUGAACACCCAGUUUGGGAAGCUGAGGGGCCUCCGGGUCACGGUGCCAGGCGAGGUCCUUAAGCCCGUUGACCAGUACCUUGGGGUGCCGUACGCUGCCCCUCCCAUCGGGGAGAAGCGCUUCAUGCCCCCAGAGCAGCCCUCCUCCUGGUCAGGGAUCAAGAAUGCUACCCACUUCAUGCCCGUGUGCCCUCAGAACAUCCGCAACACAGUGCCCGAGAUCAUGAUGCCCAUAUGGUUUACCUAUAACCUGGACACAGUGGCCAACCUCAUUCAGGAUCAGAACGAGGACUGUUUGUAUUUAAACAUCUAUAUUCCAACAGAGGAUGGGGCCCACAGCAAGAGUCAAGGAGUGGAUUUCUCUCAUGGUGACAGUGAAGACAUUCGGAACACUGAGGCUAGGCCUGUGAUGGUCUACAUCCAUGGAGGAUCCUACAUGGAGGGGACAGGGAAUAUGAUCGAUGGGAGUGUGCUGGCCAGCUAUGGGAAUGUCAUCGUCAUCACUCUCAACUACAGGGUCGGAGUACUAGGGUUCCUCAGUACAGGUGACCAGGCAGCUAAAGGAAAUUAUGGACUCCUGGACCAGAUCCAAGCCCUGCGUUGGAUCAGCAAGAACAUUGGCUAUUUUGGAGGAGACCCUGGUCGCAUCACUGUCUUUGGAUCUGGGAUCGGAGCCUCCUGCGUCAGCCUGCUCACACUGUCCCACCAAGCCAUCAUCCAGAGUGGCUCAGCCCUGUCCAGCUGGGCUGUCAACUAUCAGCCUGUCAAGUACACCCGCAUGCUGGCCGAGAGGGUGGGCUGCAACGUGCUGGACACCCUGGACAUGGUGUCCUGCCUGCAGAAGAAGAGUGCCAGAGAGCUGGUGGAGCAGGACAUCCAGCCAGCCCGCUACCACGUAGCCUUCGGCCCCGUCAUCGAUGGUGACGUCAUCCCCGAUGAUCCCGAGAUCCUGAUGGAGCAGGGCGAGUUCCUCAACUAUGACAUCAUGCUGGGCGUCAACCAGGGGGAYGGGCUGCGRUURGUGGAGAKUGUMGUGGACSUGGAGGARGGCGUYUCRGGCAGCGACUUUGARUUUGCRGUGUCGGACUURGUGGACAGCCUGUAUGGCUACCCGGAGGGGAAGGACACUCUGAGGGAAACCAUCAAGUUCAUGUACACGGACUGGGCUGACAGGGACAACCCYGASACCAGGAGGAAGACYUUAGURGCRCUGUUCACUGACCACCAGUGGGUGGAGCCCUCYGUGGUGACGGCUGACCUGCACGCCCGCUACGGCUCGCCCACAUACUUCUAUGCCUUCUACCACCACUGCCAGAGCCUGAUGAAGCCUGUGUGGUCGGACUCGGCCCACGGGGACGAGGUGCCCUAUGUGUUUGGCAUCCCCAUGGUGGGAGCCACUGACCUGUUCCCGUGCAACUUCUCCAGGAAUGACAUCAUGCUCAGCGCUGUGGUCAUGACCUACUGGACAAACUUCGCUAAGAGUGGGGAUCCCAACAAGCCAGUUCCCCAGGACACCAAGUUCAUCCACACCAAGGCCAACCGCUUUGAGGAGGUGGCCUGGUCCAAGUACAACCCCCAUGACCAGCUGUACCUUCAUAUCGGCCUGAAGCCUCGCAUCCGCGACCACUACCGCGCCACCAAGGUAGCUUUCUGGAAGCACCUUGUACCCCACCUGUAUAACCUCCAUGACAUGUUCCAAUACACCUCCACCACCACCAAGGUCCCUCCGCAGGACACCACCAACUCGAACGGUAAGAGGACUGGCACCACCAAGCGUCCGCCUGUCUCCACGGCCCACAGCAGUAACGGGGAUGGGGAGGAAACGGGUCCUCUGAUUGUGGCUAAUCCGAGAGAUUACUCCACUGAGCUGAGUGUCACCAUCGCUGUGGGCGCCUCACUGCUGUUCCUCAAUGUGCUGGCCUUUGCCGCGCUCUAUUACCGUAAGGACAAGCGCAGCCGGCAGGAUGGCCACGGCAGCCCCCAUCAAGCCAGUCCCCAGCGACAGAGCAACGGCAACGAAGUGAGCCACACCACCACCACCAUCGACGAGAGCCUGUCCCAUCAGAUGACCCAGAGCAGCCAGAUGAACCAGUGUGACACCCUGCAUGACCUCCAUGAUCUCCACGACCUCCAUGACCUUCACGACCUUCACGACCCCCUGCACCUCUCCACCAACAUGGACUACACCAUGACCCUACGCCGCUCACCAGACGACAUCCCCCUGAUGACACCCAACAAUAUCACCAUGAUCCCCAACUCCUUGAUGGGCCUUCCCAAUAUGCACCCCUACAGCACCUUCCCAGCCGGGUACAACUCCACAGGCCUGCCCCACUCCCACUCCACCACCCGGGUAUAGACCCAGCCUGGGACAGAUGACAUAAAGACCACAGGGGACAGAGAUUGUAGAGGUGAGUUGAGGUGCGUGCUGUGCUGUACAGUAGUUUAGGAAUGAAUACAAAACAGUAGUUGGGAUGGGAUGCGUGGGUAAGAUAAGUUUGAAUUUAUGUUCAUACUGCAAGAGCCAUGCAAAGCUUUUUCUGCUCAAAGGGUGCAGAAUCGCCGCCAAUAUACUACUGCCUCCUCUUCCUCACAGAAUGAGGUCUAUAAGCAGUGUCAUUUUCUUAUAAUCAUUUUCAAACGCCUUUGUGAGCUGGUUAAAACGUGGGGGAAAAAGCUUUUUAUUUCCCAUUCUUGUCUUUUGAGGGUAACAUUUAUUUGUUUCUUUCUUGUACGACCUCAGUAUAAUGUUUGUUCAGUUGGAUUUGUACGGGAAGCUCUUUUCUUACUAUGAUAUCUGUUUUGAUCUUCAACAAUUCUUUGUGGAACAAUUAACAUCUGGACUCAUCCCUGACUGAAGGACAUUUGUAAAAAGCAGAAAAUCUGUGUUAUGAAGCUAUUUUAUACAUAUUCCUCAUGUUACUCACAACUUAAAAGGGUAUUUUUUACUUACUGACUAAAGAAUGGCUUGUUACUGUAACAUUCUCUGCUUAGAGAAAUACUGUUACGGCGACUGUGAUGAAUUGAACCUUUACUACAACAUUGAUUACAAUUUGUAGUAAAAGUAUCACAUUUAUCCAAACAAUAUUUCUAUUUGAAUAUGCACAACGUGUGUGCGUUCGUGUGUGUGUGACUGCGUGUGCGUGUGUUUGUGUCUGUUUGCGUGCGCGUAUGUUUGUGAGCGUGCGUGUGCCUGCGCACACGCGAAGUGUAAUGUAAAAGUGUAAAUUGGUAAGACAUUUGUUUGUCAUUUGUUUGAAGUAUUGGCUUUCAUCAUGUCAGUGUUGUACUCCGAUCUAUGGUCGUCUGUUUAAGUACCUUUGUUAUUUUUCAGUUAACUGUGUCUUCUUUUGCUAAACACGUUCUGCGAAUGCGACUUCUGCUUUGUUAUAAACAGAGAAUAGCUUAAGAUGGCACCUACUCUAACCAACUGAUAUGAUUCCAUUGGCUUGGCUUGUUUGUACAGAAUAAACUUAGACCAGCAGGUUUUUUUAUUGUUAUUUGUUUAUAUGAAUAUAAAGGUAUUCAGUAAGAUAAUUAAGUAUAUCACAAUUGUAUGUAUAAACUACCUGAAUCAAUCAGAUUUGAAAGAGUUUUGCUUAAAAUAUUGCAGAUUGAGCAAGCUGAGAUUCACCCAUAGGCUUCAUCCCAUUUACACAAAACCCAGAUUUUGCAGCAUAACACGUUUUGAAGCAUUACUAUGAAAGGCUUUUUUGAAUUCAAUGUGAACACUUCACAGUAUUAUUCUGGGAGAAUGCACAUCGCUCUGAGAAUUAUUGUCAUCUUGCUUUCUUUGAUACGAUCAUAGAACACAGUUGACUAAUACUACUGUUCAAUAUCAAUGGGCUGAUUAAAGAUUUUUUGGAACUGA